AUGGACAGUGAAAAGGCAGUCGAGUACCUGAAUAGCCUGCUCGGUCGGACCCUGCGUAUUCAUGCCACCGAUGGCCGCAUGUUUGUUGGCCUCUUCAAGUGCACCGAUGCGGAGCGCAACAUCAUUCUUGCCAAUUCGUUCGAGUACCGCCUCCCUACUGCCUCCGCUAUCCAAGAAGCCGCUGCAAAGGAGUCCGAGUCGUGGGACAAGACCGAACCCAAAGCCGCCACCGUCAAAGUCAAUAUGAGCAGUCGACUCAUUGGACUCAUCGUGAUCCCCGGCCGGCAUAUCACGAAGAUUGAGCUGGAGUAA